UUGGUGAAAGUAGUACAGAGAGUGAACACUGUAUAGGAGGAAACAGAGGGAAACUGCACAGAGAGAGAGAGAGGAGAGAGAGAGAGAGAAGCAAGGAAGAUGGAGGAAACCAUACCUUUCAAAAACCUCCACAGCAGAGAAUAUCAAGGUCACAAGAAGAAGGUGCAUUCGGUGGCUUGGAAUUGCAUUGGAACGAAGCUCGCGUCAGGUUCUGUCGAUCAAACGGCUCGGAUUUGGCACGUUGAGCCUCACGGACAUGGCAAGGUUAAAGAUAUUGAACUGAAGGGACAUACUGAUAGUGUGGAUCAGUUAUGUUGGGACCCCAAACAUGCUGACUUAAUAGCAACUGCGUCCGGUGACAAGACAGUUCGUCUGUGGGAUGCUCGUAAUGGAAAAUGCUCACAGCAAGCUGAACUUAGCGGCGAAAAUAUUAACAUCACCUACAAGCCCGAUGGUACACACAUAGCCGUUGGGAACAGGGAUGAUGAACUAACUAUACUGGACGUUCGAAAAUUUAAGCCCAUUCAUAAGCGCAAAUUUGGUUAUGAGGUAAAUGAGAUCGCUUGGAACACGACAGGAGAUAUGUUCUUUUUGACCACUGGGAAUGGUGUGAACAAUAGCUAUGCAGGUACUGUAGAAGUACUGGCAUAUCCGUCCCUUCGACCGGUUGACACCCUUAUGGCUCAUACAGCUGGUUGCUAUUGUAUUGCAAUUGAUCCAUUAGGAAGAUAUUUCGCUGUUGGAAGUGCUGAUUCCUUGGUCAGUCUUUGGGAUAUCAAGGAGAUGCUUUGUGUGCGAACAUUCACAAAACUCGAAUGGCCGGUGAGGACAAUAAGCUUCAAUUACACAGGAGAAUAUAUUGCUUCUGCCAGUGAAGACUUAUUCAUUGAUAUAUCAAAUGUCCAAACUGGUCAAUCAGUUCAUCAAAUACCAUGUCGGGCUGCCAUGAAUAGCGUGGAAUGGAAUCCCAAAUACAAUUUGCUUGCAUAUGCUGGAGACGACAAAAACAAAUAUCAGGCUGAUGAAGGUGUUUUCAGAAUAUUUGGCUUUGAGAGUGCUUAGGAUUUUGACAGAAUAUGCAGGAAGCUCCAACCAUAUAGUCUGCAAGGCUCGUCUUAAUUUAUUAAGUUUUGGUCUUUUUGUUGUCUUGCAAAUUGUUUUAAAAGUAUGUUUGGUUCUGGGGGCUGUAUUUUACUAGCUGUUCAAACGCAAGUACCAAUCUGUAGCAAUGUUUUGUGCAUUGUGGGUGUUGAAUUCUCUGCACAUGGAAUAUUUCUGGCGUAUGUGCAUUUUUGGUUAUGUGCAUUUUUGUGUACUCAAAACUCUGUUGCACCUUCAUUAUUAUCAUUGGGGUCUGUUUGGUAUCA